CGUAAAUCUUCCCUCCACUCUCAACAGUCAGCCUUGGAUAAAUCCUCAACACGACACACUCUUGCGACCAAAAUGGCUUCCAUGUUUCCUUCAGGCCAGACGUACGAGCCUCUAUAUGCCAUAGCAGCCAUCCUUGUUGGGUCGGCCAUCAUCACAUACUUGCUAAAAUUCGUCAACCUUGACCUCAAGCCUUUCCUCGCGACCAAACAGGGAAUGGCUCUUCAAAAUAUCUCCAGCUAUCUCUAUGAGCGAUUUCUGAAGGUCCUUUCGGUCUCUGAGCCUCUUUCACCUCCAUCGAGUCUAUCCACCAUAGUCUCACGGGGAUAUCUUGAGACUCUCCCUCAGCGCAUGGGCCCGCGGCCUAUCAUUACAGGCGUCAGUGAACCCCGCCAAAUUACACAGCUGUCGCCCGAGGAGAAACAAGUCCCAAACAGACUACGAGAAGUCAUCUCAGACGUCUCAGCUCGCUAUCCUUCAGCCACCUACCUCGGCCGAUCAACCUUCGAGCCUGAGCCUAGCAGUCCUACCACGCUCUACGCCCGCCAUCGCAUCUUCAACGAGACGAGAUACUAUGGUGAGAUUCUCAGAGCAGAUGGUCUCGAUGGCUCCAUCCAAUGUACCCUUCAUCCGAGCGAUGUCAAGACGGUUAUCGAAAAGGGCUGGGGUCAGAGACAUCCACUUUCAACUCGUCUGGCGUCCUGGCUCGUUCGACUGUGUGGUCGAAGCCAAGCAGCUCCCACGCCGAGUUCGCAAGUUUUACUCUAUGCACCUCGUGACCAGGCCGAGCUGGACAUUCUUGCUCAAGUCGUCAAUGCUGCUGUCUGGUGGGUCGGAGGUAUCGAUGCUAGACUCGAUGACGAAGCCUUCUAGACGACACGAGGUACGAACAAUUUGAGCUCGACAACAAGCUUUCAAAGGGAAGCUUCGCUGGCUCCGCUUUCCCGCAGGGCUGUGUCAAUGGGGAAGAGUCGGGAUCAAGACAUAGCCUACUGCCAAACACUGGGCUUCGAUAGUGAUGGUGCUUGAGACAGAGCUCAGCGAGGCUCGGAGGACUUGGCUGAUACGGACCGCCUGCUACGGCGACAUGGCAGCUCCGAUGUCUCGAGUCUUUGCGAGAUAUGAUGUAUGACUAUCACAAAUGAUGACCGAGUAGAUUUUGAUUGCAAAUUGUCCGUAGCGCUUCAUUCGCCUCCCAGGCGUGACAAUUCAUCUUCGG